UGUGUCCGUGCCCAGCUCGGUUCGCGGGGCAGGCGCGGUGCUCCCUUGCCUUGGCCCCGGCAGCGCGGGCGCAGGAGGUCCGGGGCGGGCGAAGAGAGGGUAGCGGGCGCCCGGGGCAUCUCCCUCUCGCCGGGUGCGGGGAACAACUUGGGCUUUGCUACCAGUGCCCGAGGGGGCACCAGAGGCCACAAUCAAGACUGAGGCUCUACUGUGCUAGGUGGUGUACAAACCCACAUGAAGACAGUGUCACUGUCCCAAAGAGCUUGCAAUCUAGGACCGAGAAUUUGGCUAUAGCCUCUCCUGUAACGGAGUGAAGUGAGAAACUGGACAGAUGCCUGUGCCGCCGCCGCCGCCGCCACCACCACCACCUCCUCCCCCUCCACCACCACCAGGACCACCUGCUUCUGGCGGGCCACUUCUGGCAAGUACAGAACCACCAAAACCGAGAAAGGAAGACCAAAAAGCUCGAAGUGCAUUGCUUGCUGAUAUUCAGCACGGGACUCUCUUAAGGAAAGUAGCACAAAUCAAUGACAGAAGUGCACCACAAAUUGAAAAAUCCAAAGGGCCAAACAGAGAUGGAAAUAACUCAGCAAAUACCAGAAGUGCCCAGCCAUCGUUGGGUGGUCUCUUUGCUGGUGGCUUUCCUGUUCUGAGACCAGCAGGCCAAAGAGACAUGACAGCUGGCAAGGCUGGACAGCUACCUGGAGCGCAAGCACCUCUUCCCAGGCCACUGUCUCCAAUGAACAAUAACAUGAAGACAUGCAGUAACUUUUCAAAUCCACCUGAUGGUGCAAAAGUAGCAAGCCCAUGGGAGCCAGCCAGCGCUCCACGGGCAGGACCAACUCGGCCCAGCCUGCCUACCCCUCCGCUGCCACCACCUCCCUCCAGCAAACCUUCCCUCACUUUCCCAUCUCCUCCAUCUCACCCUCCACCUACAGACAGGCCUGCAAAAUUGACACCCCAGAAUUUUGUUUCUCCUCCCCCACCACCUCCCCCACCUCAGUGUGACAAGCCUGCUAAAUUUCAAGCAUCAGCUUUCCAUCCUCCCCCUCCACCGCCUCCUCUGCCCCUAACACCACCCUAUGGACUUCCAGUCAGAAAUGAUCUAUCUAACUCUUCUCCUUCCCCUCAGCCUGAAAUCAGGGACUAUCUGCAUCCCACUCCACCCCCACCCCUGCCUCCACUGCUUCCUACCUAUACUCCCUCCUCAACCAAGCCAUCCUUGCCACUGCUGCCCUCACCUGCCCCUUCCAGGGAUAUAAACAGCAGUGAUGUGCCACCUCCGCUGCCACCCAAGUCUCCAUACUUGCUGUCCCAGUUUCAAAAGCCAAAUAUUCAGUCCAUGCCUCUCCCUCCCACCCUGCCCUUCCCUCAGCCACCUGCAGCAGUGCAGAAGAGGAGGCCAGGCAGAGUUGCAGUGUCUGGCGCUGGGAAGUUACCUCUACCUCCACAGCCUCCAGCAAGAUCACCAACAACUGAACUUACAAGCAAGUCUCCAUAUGCCCAGGCUGGACCCUGGCCAGCACGUGAACCCUCUCCACAGCUUAGAAAUGGAAACAUGCCCAUCGUUGAUGAUUUUGAAUCUAAAUUUACUUUUCAUUCUGUGGAAGACUUCCCCCCUCCUGAUGAAUUCAAGCCAUUUCAGAGAAUAUAUCCCAGCAAGGAGCCUAGGGAUGCCCCUAAAAAUCCUCUGCUAAGAACACAUGUGAGAUGAGAUGAUUCUUCGAAAAGGAUCUUUGGGCCAGUACUGCAAAGGGGGAUGGAGGAUCCCAAAAUCAAAUUAUGAAACAAAGGAGGCUUUGUUAGAUUAGUAGAGAUUUGCUUGAAUCAAGUGCUGCAGUUCCAGGCCUAAUUUGGUAUUUUUAAAACUGCAAAAGUAGUGAUAAUUAUGCACUCUCAGAACUGGCCUCAUCACUAUAUGAGACUGUAUGGGAAAUCUGAAUGCUAAAACCCUGAAACAAAGUAUACGAAAAGCUUUCAAUUUCUGAUUGUGCUUAUUAUAUACUACUUAUUCCAGUCUUGGGAUAAGAGGUGUCAUCUUAAACAGUAUUUCUUGUAUUAAAUACCCUCAGGUUUUUUUCCUUAAGUAUUUCCAGAAUUGCUCCACACAGUUUGAUCUUAUAUUUUAAUUAUUUUUCACUUAGUUAUCUAAAAAAUAAAAUACCAUGAACAAUAUUGUUAUGACCUAUAUAAAUUACGCUGGUGGCCAUCCAUUUCUAUCUCCCCCUCUGAUCACUGGAUAAUUACCGCAGAGAAGUCUACUGCAUUUGUAAAGCAGCUGUGGACACCUCUGCAUGCAGUACCGUAUAGUAUACUAUGUAUAAUAUCCCUGGCUAUGUUACACAUCAGUGUAGCACAGGUAGCUAUGUAUAUUUGGCAGACAGGGCAAAACUUUUCCAAGUUGCAAGAAAAGCCCAGGGUGCAAAAAAUGGGAUGAAUGCAUAUGCCAAUCAAUGUUAUGUAUAAGAGAACUAUUGAAUUCUCUCUCCUGAUUGCCCCUUUAUUCCGCAUUCAUCAUCUCCCCCCCCCCCCCCCCCCCCCCCCCCCCCCCCCCGUUAAGCUCUUUUAGAAUUGCUGCUACUACCCAGGAGCUGAUAUAUCACUUUCUGCUAGACUUCCUAGUAAUGUUCUCUUUCCUCCCAAGCCUCCUUUCAUAGCUGAAAAAAGCUUUACUACUUAUUAGAAAUAGGAUUGCUUGUACUUACCACUCCCGCUGAAUGACACUGAGGGAUAAUUGUUAGAUUUUGCACAAAACAGAUAACUGAAUGAGCUCCUUGUCCCCUAAAUAUUAAUUGCAAACCACAGAAGGUUUGCCUCCUGGUUUCCCAAGAGAUGGUCUGAAUCACUUUUUCAGACAGCCUUCUUGAAGUCAAGAAAAGAGAGUCCUCUGGCAGGCAUCUCUUCACUCUUCUCCUUUCCAGAUAGAGCAGUGCCUACUCAGCUGGACAAAGCUGGUUCUGCAAGCAGCUGACAGAAGGAGCUGCACAGCUCAAAGCAAGGAGGAGGUAGGCAGUUUCAGAGGAUGCUAGAGCAGAUUGUAGACUUAUUUGAACAUUUUCUCUUAGAAUCAAGUUAUACCUUAUUUCCUUAAAAGGAGCGCAGACUUUGGAAUCCAAAACUAACUUAGCUCUGGUCUUCAGUUUAAGGCUGCAGUUCUGCUCUGUUGCACUCAGAGGCAUAUCUAGAAUUUUGAAAAGUGGGGUGCAGAUUGUGAAAUGUAUCAUCACAUUUAAACAACACAUUUUUUCUCUGGUUAAAAAUAUACAAACCCUAGAAGCUUAACUAAUAUGCUAGGGGGCUAGGGUUAUAUUAUUUUGUUUAAGAUUAAAGCAAAAACAAAUAUAACUUCAUUGGAAUGAGUUAAAAACAAUCUACAGGGCUGUGAAAUAGAAGUUUCAUUACCAAAGCAGCUAACUGCAGAGCAAAGGAUAACUUGAUUGGUGGAACAUCAAGAUCAUUAAAAAGGAGAGGGUCAUUAACACCAGUGGAAUUAAGCUCUUAGAAGGGAUCAGGUAGAUAACAAGGUGCCAUAAAGUCAAUUGACUCCCUCAGCACUGCCUGCUUAGAAAUGGUACUGCCACUGCUAGGCAUUUGGUUUUAAACUUUGGGUGGAGCAGAAAUCAAAGGUGAGGAGGGGGUGCAAAUGCCCCAGUGCAGGAGGAUCCACCCCUGGUUGUCCUGGCUCCAGAGGUGAUCUCUCUUCACCAGCCCCACAGUAUAUGCAAAAUGAAAAGAAGAGUGUGUGUGUGUGUGUGUGUGUGUGUGUGUGUGUGUGUGUGUGUGUGUGUGUGUGUGUGUGUGUGUGUGUGUGGAGGGGGUAGUGUAUGGAAUUGUUGCGCUUGGUCAAGGAAGAUGAUCAAGUUUGGAAAUAAUGGAUAAAUAGAAAAAUUUCUGACACAUGCUAAAUCUACUGUCCCUCUUAGGCUGUAAACCGACCAUCUCAUUUGACCCUGGAUCAAAACAGGAGUGGCAGUCACUUACACGUUGCCUUUUCAAGCUGCCUUGCUGCUCCUUUGCCAGUAGGUGGCCAGCAAAAGCACACAACCUGGCAGGCUUGUCCCUAUAAUUAACUACAAUAACCAUACAGACAUACAACAGGACAUCCCAUGAUAAAGUGUAAGCACAUUUUAUUUGGCAUACUUCAAAAGCACUUGAAUUGGGAUAGUGGAUCUGUAAAUCUGCAUGAUCCCAGAAACAAAAGUCUCUCUCCUGGCUAUGAACAUUACAUCUGUUCAUAGCCCUAAGGACUCAGACUAAGGUUUGACAGUACACUCUAGCUGUUCUGUGUUGCUCCCAACAAUUUGAGGCAGGUGGACAACAGUGAAUCCAAUCAUAGAGGUUUAAGGGACAGGCUAUAGAAAUGAGAUUGGAUUCUAGAGUCACUGAAAUAAUCUACAGGGGUGGGUAAAAUAUGGCUCUUGGGCUGGAUGCAGCUCGCCAACUGAUUGUACCUGGCCCAGGGGCAGGCAGCCACAAACUCAUGGGAUCCAGCCUCUGGGCAGCUGGUGUCUCAAGCUCUAGCUACUGCAUGAUGCUGGGCAGACUGGACUGUUUCUGCCCAGUGCUGACACAGUGGCAUCAGCUGUACACCUGGUUGGAUGCCCCCAAUCCCCACCUAGAACCUGUCGGUUGUCCACAGCUGUUGUAGACAUCCAGGUAGACCUGUUUCCUGUGUACUGGACAGAUGCUGGAGUAAGCUGUGGACAUGGCCAGCAGGUUCUGGGUCAGGGUGAGGCAUCAGGGCUUGCUGCAGCUCUUGGUAGAGGGAGGUGGGGGAAAGGAGGAGAGUGAGAGAUAGGUGUGGUCCUUGAUUUAGGGGCAUUUUGGUGAGCUGUUGCAAGCCAAGGGGUGGGGGAUGGUGACCCAGUCUGCAGCAGCUCACCAAAACUCCCUCUGUAGCUCUUGCCCUUGGGCCCAAAUAAUUGCUCACCCCUGGUUUAAAACAAAUUUUCCAGCUGUAUAGUGGAGGAAUAUCAGAACUGCGAUCUGGACACUCGUACCUGUUCUGCGCAUGCAGGUACUUCCGAAUGAAUUGCUCUUGUAUAAAACAAAUGUGCAGAAGCACAUGACAGAAAAGUAACAUUUAAGUUGAAGUCAACAUGGACAUUGUUCUUUUAACAGCAAUAGAAAAAGUCUAAUGCUAUAAUAAGCAUGUUUGGCAACAGUAUUAUCACUAUUUUACAUUGUAAUGUUAGUAUGAUUUAUUGCUUAUUAUCUGUAUGUAACCUGUAUACAGCCAUGUCAUAAUUUUUAUAAGGAUUUUUUUUUAUUUAUUAAAAGUGUCUUGGCAGAAUUUGACAACAUUAAAUAGAGAUGCUUUACUGCUGUCUCAUUAAA